GCCUGGCAACUAACAACUUGGGAACAUUUUAGUGGCUGUUUCUACUAUUCUCACAGAACAGCUGAUUAAAAUUCCAUUCAAUUUUAGCAUUUCGGUAAUUUUAAGUAAACAUAUAAUUUUUUUAAAUGGAAAUUACUUUGGCGCUCCUUAAACCACAUGUAGUUCGUAAUGUCUACGCAUUCCAACAGAUAAAACAAAUGAUAGAGCAGCAUUUUACAAUACUACACACCAAAGAAGUGCAUAUUACGAAAGAGUUGUCUGAGCAUUUCUAUGCCGAGCAUAAAGGAAAGUUCUUCUACAAUAGACUUGUGACAUUUAUGGGCAGUGGCCCUUGUCAUGCGUUCGUGCUGCAGUCAAAAGGCAGUAUCGCCAAGUGGCGCGAAUUGAUGGGCCCAACAAAGGUUUUCAAAACUGUGUACUCACAUCCUGAUUGUAUACGUGCGCUAUAUGGUCUCUCGGAUACACGUAAUGCCUGCCAUGGUUCCGAUAGUGAAGAAUCUGCGACAAGAGAAAUUUCUAUUUUAUUCCCUGAGUUAAAUAUAAAUCAAUUAUCGGCUAUUGACAACAAUAGUUGACUGAAGGAUUAUGUUAACCUGAAACUGUUUUGAAUGGAUUUGUUUACGCAUAUGUAGCUGUUGAGUUCCAAAUGGAUUACAAUUUGUAAAUAAUAAGUAAUGUAAAUGUUAGCAAGAUUGUUAAAUAGUUUUAAGACUGGAUUAUAAGCACUAGUAUGAAAUUUAAUAUGAUUUUUUUUUUGCUGUUAGUUGAGUAUUUUUUUUAUUACUGUUAGAAAAAAUAAUUGUUGUGGAGACCCUGUCUCCAAAAAAAAAUAGAAUAAAUAAAUUUGUCAUUUUGAGUAAACACUUUUCUAACAAGUUGGACUACUCCCUAAAGAAAUACAGUGAUACAAAUAAAAUAUGCUUAUAACAA